AUGUUCGUGAUUUGUGCUAAGAAAAAGGCUAAAGAUGCUGCUGCUACUGCUGCUGCUGCUGUCGUCGUUGUUGUUGUUGCCGGCGCUGCUUCUGGUGGCACUGCUACAGUGGCCGCGGUGUUGCCAAUCUGUGAAAAGGCAUGUAAAUUCCAAUUAACCAAAUAA